CAAUCCCGCAACAACCACCAUUCGCUAAUGCCAUCUCAUUGCUCUUCGCAAAGCCAACAGCAUCCAAGGCGGGUUACAUAAAUUGGUAUUGCUUGCAUCAUGGCAUCCGAGACUACACACUACGUGUAAGUCUUCGUUCAGCCGACAUCGACUUCAGAAGUGGGCAAAGAGUGGGGUCGUAUGGCCGUGACGGCGCGACGAGCGUGACCUGUUUGAGAUCUCAUGCCAACACCCGGAACAUGGCAUCAACACCCGUCCUUCCCAACGCCUCCAACGUGCUUGGCGUUGCUCUAGUCGUCAACCGCUCGCGCGAUGGGCCGCGCUUCGUGUUCCAUUAUCCCCCGCGCAUCCAGUAUAGCAAGAAGCAGCGUGCUCCACCCGCACGGGAGUCUGCCGAGGAUGAGCUGGACGAUGACGACGAGCUACUCCUAGACCAGCAGUUCUCCCCUUUCGAGGGUACGUCAGGGUCGUUGCCUAACAUUGCCGGUCUGCGGUUCUGGAACCACGAUGACCACAUUGAAACAGAGAGCGGUUCGCACAUUGUGCCCUGGGAGCACGUCGCUGGUUAUCCAACCAGAGACCUCGAGAGUCUAUUAACGCCGUCGCGUGCUUUUCAUAAGCGGCUCUUUCAAGUCUCAUUAGACCAGUUGUGCUUUGUGUCUUCUCCCGUAUUCGUCCAUGAGAGUGGUGUUUGGCGUAAGAAGAAGCGUCAGCCCAAGAACCGACCUCCCAAAUCGCCUGAAAAUGGCGUUGAGUCCAGCGCGCCUAGAGACGGCCAAUCUCCCAUGAUGUUGGCUCCUGACAUGGCGCCAAAUGAGAGCGAUGACCUGCUAACAGCCGAUGAUACCAUUGCCGGCAACAAUGGUAAUGGGAUCGGCGCCGACGAGGCCGAGGAGAAGAAGAGCGGAAUGACCAUGUUCAACCUGGUAUUCAUCUUGAAACCAAAUAAACAUGAGGCCAAGGAGCUGGCCGAGACGUUAUACGCACACAUCAUCAGGAAGAUCAACAAGCUAUUCAAAUAUAGCCAGCAGAAGACUGAUUUUGUAUGGAAGGAGUCAAAGCGCAUCCUAACUCUCAAAGAUAAGAAUCGCGAAGAAAAAACCAGGAUGAGCGUGCUAUGGAAGGAGAUCCUCGAGGUCUCGUCUCUCGCGGCUUGCGUACAAGAUAUCUACGAGGCCGUAUCGCAAAACAAGAUUGCCGCCCUACAGCUCGAUACCCCCGAGGGCACCAUCACGCACUCAGUACAGAUAUCCGUCCCCUUUUACUUAACAGACCUCCCGCCCGAGGAAGAAGCCGCUAGCACACGCGGCCUCUGGAUCACGACGGCCAACUACUUCGUGGAGGAGGACAGUCUGCAGGAUCCGUCUUUCCUUGAUAAGCAUUUCGGUCUGCUGCUUAUGAGCGAGGAGAAAAAGAUCAUUGCCGAACUCCAAGCCGAUGCUGAUGAAGCCACGGCUGCUAUGGUUGAAUUUGUACGGCUCUCAAAGCCAACCAUGUCAUUCCAUCAAAUAAGCCAAGGCAGCGGCCUUUCACCAGCUCAAGUUCGGAAAUUCGCCCACCAUUUCAUCUUCUGGCGGCGCGGAAUCGCGAUUCCACCUCUACAUGCACGGGAUGUAUACAUAUUAUCACCCAACGCUGAUAUGAGCCUUCUUCCUCGCGCCAGCCAAGCCUGGGCCCGCGCGUUUCCUCUCGCGCCGCACCUAGCCGACUUUCUCGCUGAGUUGUCGGCGGCCCCGCGCCCCUACAAAUGGUUCUGCCCAUCCAAGAACCACCGUCCUACAUAUCUUCAGAUGUUGGCAUGGCUAAUGCGCGGCGGAUGGGUGACGCAGCUCUGCACCUUCGCGUACGUCGUAGUGUGGCCCGAGAUCCUUUACGAGGUCGAAUACGAGCUCGAGGCCGAAGAGCUGAGAAUGCUCCAGGAAGAGGCGGCGAACAAAAGAGAGAGAGAAAAAGAGAAGAAAAGGCAAGCUGAGAAAGAACAGCAGUCAAACAACACCGAUCACGUUGAUGAAAAGGGGAAAGAGAAAGAGAAAGACGACGAGCAACACGAGUCCGAUAAUAGUCAUAGUCAUCGUCGCUUCUUGAAUUAUCGUCCAUCGUCACCAGCCGGAUCCUCAUCCACGGUACGCGGAAUAGGCAACAUAUCGCUCUCGGGAUCCACCACGACCCUCGACCUCCUAGCCGGCUCAACAGCAAGUCUAUCAACGGCCGAAGGCCCAACAUCCUCCACAACACACCUUCCCCAAUCCCCUUCCUCAGAAGCCUUUCCCUCGCAUCACACGAGCCCAUCUCCGUCCGAGACGCCCUCAGCAUCCGCCUCGCCCCCAACGGAGUCGCAAACCCAAGGCGAGCGCAUCGCCCUCGCGGCGCGUCUCUCCCGGAUCGCAGACAAAGAAGCCCAAGCAGCCUACGAGCGGAGCGCAGCAUUCAGCCGCAAGCCCUUACCUACGUCAACCCCGCACCCAUCGACGAACACGGCGGCACAUCUAUCCCAUCUCUCACCUUACAUCAUCGUCGACGCGCGGCGCGCGACAGGGAAAGACAGUCUCUAUCUCUCCGCCAUCGGCCGACGAUUCACGGAUCCAAAGGUCCGCGCCGCGUGGCCCGUGUUCUGGAAGUACUUCAACGGACAUGCUGCUCUGGAACGGGUUAUUCUGGGUCUUGCUACUGGCGAUGGUGAUGGUGGUGGAAAUACAGGAGGAGGAGGGAGUGAUAAGAUGAAGAUCAAGAAGCGCAAGGAAGCCUGGGCGCUCAUGACGGCUAUGAGCGAGCAUUUGAUUUGCAUUCGGCAUUUUUAACAGAAUAUCUAGAGAGAGAGAGAGAGAGAGAGA